GACGUUUCGUGGAUCCCGUGAUUGAUCCUUUAUGCAUGCAAUGUGCCUCAUUCUUCGAGGUCUCUCAACAGCCAAUAGUUGUCCACGGAUACAUUUGAUAAGAUUAUCAAUCUGCGAUUUCUAGACAUGAUUUCGGCGCCGAUGGACUUCUUCUCCGCGCGUUCUGCAGGACUUCGCGAGCCCGAACGGUUGGGGCAAACGCAGAUCAUUUUCCUGUAUUUGCCUCCACUUGAUCCUUCGCAGAGUUCUGUCCCUCACCAAUGACGUUCUGAUCAUUUGACACGAAGGUCUCAUCCACAAAUCCGGAUCGUAACCGGAAAGGAUCCGGUGUCUUCAAUUUCUUAAUUGACGAUGAGCAUUAAAAUGGCUCAAGAGAAAGACGGCCAGGCUGUACUUCUCAUGUGGACGCAUUAGAUCAUGCAAUCUUCAAGCUUCAUAAUUAAAGAUGUGCUCCUUUUCGACGGGGAUAUCUUCACGGAGAAUGCUAUGGUGGUAGUUGAGGAUGGUCUAAUAUCACAGGUCGUGCCGCAUGGAAACAUUGAGGGAAAAUUCGCCAGCUUGUCGAUAAUCGCAAAGCCGGGCUACACUCUUAUUCCUGGUUUGAUCGAUUCCCACAUUCAUGGCCUGGAGGCAAACAUUGAAUGCCUCGAGCAAUCUUUAAGGUUCGGCGUCACCACAGUUUGCGACAUGCACAAUGACCCGGUAUCGUUGGCAAAGCUCAAAUCCCUUGCACACGAUCGCAACAUGCGGCACUUGUAUUCAGACUUCAAAUGUGCAGGAAUGGCAGCUUCCGUCACAGGACAGUGGCCUGUUCCAAUCCUUGAAUUAGAGUACAAAGACGAUGCUGAGCUUCUUCGAAAAAUCGUUGACAAGUUACCACAUAUCGACACGGUAGGCCAAGCGCAGGAACAUGUCAAUGCUCAGAUCGACCACUUUGGGGCGUCGUAUAUUAAAUUGAUGAACGAAAUGGGAGAUACGAUAGACAUGAGUCUUCCUCGGCCUCCUCUAGAAUUGCAGCAAGCUAUAGUGGAGGCCGCACACAAGCGAGGUGUAAUUGCCGUCGGUCACGCUUUCAGCUAUUCCGGAGUGAUGGAGUUGCUCGAAGCAGGCGUAGAUGGCCUGACACACUCCUUUCUAGACAGACCAGAAUCAGACGACUGGCUUAAGCUAAUGAAGAAGAACAACGUGCAUUGCAACCCAACCCUCGACUGUCUCGCGACGCACUGCGGGAACGGAGACGAGAUACAAGUGCCCUUUACAUCUCACCCCUUCGCUCAGCGGAUGCUCUUUGACAAGAGACCGAGAGAGUGCACUAACUUUGCGAAGAACAACGAGAAAGCCAGCUUCGCCAACGGAGUGCAGAAUGUGAAGGACAUGUACGCAGCGGGAGUGCCCCUCAUCGUCGGCUCCGACUGCGCCGGAAAACGGCUAGGCAAUCCGUAUGGUCUAGGAGUGCAUGAGGAAAUGUACUUGAUGACGAUAGUGGUGGGAAUGAAGCCCAUCGAUGUUCUGAAAGGAGCAACUUCGUUGAUUGCAGACCGGUUUGGUUUCAGCGAUCGAGGCCGUGUGAAAGAAGGGCUUAAGGCUGACUUGGUGUUGCUGGAGGGUGAUGUCAGAGAACUACUUGCGAAUGAGAAAGAGCUCUGCUUGCCAGUGCAGGCAGUCUGGAGGGAUGGCGUUCUGUGCUCUUCCUUUGAGGAUGGAUUGACGUGAUUCUGUUACGAAUUGUCUCUUUUGAAACCAUUCAUACACUGCGUCUUGCGAUGGACAAUGUCCUACAGAUAUGGAUCUUUCCAUGGUGUUGUCUGGCAAAGCUAUGACAAGGUCUCUUCAAAUUAUCGUCUCCAGAACAUUAGCAACAUUAUGAAUACUCUAUGCGUUAUGUGGACUUCUAUCCAACUACCAGUUAAUUCGAAUACCCGAUCUUAGCCUCACG